UAACGUUAUAGCCGAGCAACGGGAGGGAUGAUGAUGUUUGUCAGAGCCUGGGCAGGGCGGCUGCACUGUUAGGAGUGAUACUUUGUGCGACACUGAUUUGUGUUAUGAUGACGUAGCCUUGAAACAGCAUUUAGUAACGGCAGAAAAUGAGCUUAACAUCCUGGUUUUUGGUGAGCAGCGGAGGCACACGUCACCGGCUGCCACGUGAGAUGAUCUUCGUAGGCCGGGAUGACUGUGAAUUGAUGUUACAGAUGGCCAAAGUGUGCAAAGUCCUGCCGAUACGAUCCCGCAGUGUGGACAAGCAGCAUGCUGUUGUCAACUAUAACGCUGCUGAAGAUGAGCAUAAAGUAAAGGAUCUUGGCAGUCUAAAUGGGACAUUUGUAAAUGAAGUCCGAAUACCAGAACAAACCUAUAUCACUUUGAAGAUUGAUGAUAAACUUCGAUUUGGGUAUGAUACCAAUUUGUUUACUGUGGCAAGAGGGGAACUGCGGGUCCCAGAGGAAGCACUUAAGCAUGAAAAGUUUACGAGCCAGUUGCAGUUACCGCAGAAACCUCCAGAGGCUGAAGGAUCAAAGGAGGCACCAGACGGCUCUGUGGAGGCCAAAGCUGAAUUGAUGGCUAGUGUAGUAGAAAUGCAUAAAGCUUCAGUAGAUAUUUCUGCUCUGCCUGUAGCCCGUGGUACCCCUCUAUAUGGACAGCCUGCUUGGUGGGGUGAAGAUGAUGCAGAUGAUGAAAAUUCAAGCAAGCAAGAUCCCAAGCCCAGGAGUGUGAAGAUGGAAAGUAGUGCUACAGGUGGUGGGAGCCCAAGUGAAGAUGCCAAGGAAGUCAGUAAACCUGGCAAUGAUAGCAAAGACUUGGGAGAGGAAGUAAUUUAUCCAUUGUGUAGAGAGCCAAGCUAUUUUGAAAUCCCUACGAAAGAAUUUCAUCAGCCUGCUCUAGCAGUGGAAAGCUCAAUUCAUGAAAUUCCUACAAAGGAUACAGAAACCUCUCGUGCAGUCGUUCAAGGGCAUGCUUCGUUUACUAUUGAAUUUGAUGAUCAUACUCCAGGCAAAGUGACAAUCAAAGACCACGUCACUAAAUUCACUCCUGACCAGCGUCACAAGCAGAAAAAAUCUCCCCCAGCCACCAAAGAGCUGUCUGGACUCCAGGCUGCAAUGAAAGCAGCAGAAAGUAAAGUGGCUGAUUGGUUGGCACAAAACGAUCCACCUAGAAUGAGACGGGAGUCAAUGGAUGAUGAUUGCAAAAGCAUAAAGAGUGACCUCACAGUUCAGAUGAGACGAUUAAAAGGAAGUAAACAUGACGAUGGAACGCAAAGUGAUACAGAAAACGGAAAUGGUCAAAGGCGUGCUCACAAACCUGCUUCACUUGAAGGUCAAUUGAGAAUGUAUCGUGCAGAACAACAGAGGCUUCAUCACCAAAAGACUGCAACUUCAGAAAAGGCCCAUGAGGUUCCUUCAAUGAGUAGGACUGCCUUUAUGAUAGAGUUCUUUGAUGAGGAUAAUCCACGCAAGCGACGAUCCUAUUCUUUCACACAAAUUGCAGCAGCUAUACCCCAAGAAGGUCCUCAUCCAUUUCCACCUGCAAAACCAGACAGGCCAAAAGGUAUUGCAGCUGAAUCAAAGACAACUUCUUUAACACAUCAGCCUAGUCCUCUUCAUGCUAAAUCAUCACACAGUGUACAUGAGCUUCAUCAAACCAAACACUUGCAAAAACACAAACCUGAUGUACCAUCCGUUCCUUUAGUAUCUGCUCAAAUAACACAGCUGAGAAGUUCUGGUAGCACUGGGCACAGACAGAACUAUAGUCAACAGCUGGAACAACAAAUAAUUUCACCGGCAGCCACAAAGGAAAAUGACGAUGAUCAAAGUGAUAAAGGAACAUACACUAUUGAGCUUGAAAAUUCCAAUACAGAAGAAGAGGAAGCUCGUAGAAUGAUUGACACGGUAUUUGGAGUAGUAGAUUCCCCCAAUUACUCUGGCUGUGGUAUAACAAGGCCAGUCAUUGCUGAACAAAAGAUCAAGUGGCAGCCAAAUUCUACUGAACAAGCAACUGAUGCAAGAAAUGGAGAACUUAGUAAAGAACUUUUGAAUGACUCAGAGACUCGUCAAGAAGGCUCCUUUACAUCCAGCAGCCCCAGGUGGCUGUCCCAAUGGGCAAAUUUAGCUGCCAAUGACCUGACACCAACGACUUUUGGUGCUCAUGACCAAGAUGCAGAUAUUAGUGAAUCUGGUAUCUCAGCAAAAAGCGCAUCAACCACAUCAGAAACUGCAUCAGCCAGUGUGGGUGAGAGAAAGAGAAGAACACUUCCACAGCUUCCAACAGAGGAUAAAACGGCUGAGGGCCUAAGAUCAAAAGGUUCCCUUACUUUAAACCUAGCAAAACCAAGACGUGAAAUAGAUGAAAAACAAGACACUGAGCUUCCUGAGAAAGAAACUACAACUCCACCUCACCAGAAAGACAAACAAAAGGAGCACAUUAGAAGCUUUUCAAAGACUGGCCGGUCAAAAGGUGGCUCUGCCAUCAAAGCUGAUGGUGCUGGAGAUAUUUGCAGUGAAACAAUGAAUAGCAAGGAAGGUGUAGUGUUUCAAUCCAGCAGCUACACUCAGCCUACUAAAGCGAAAGCUGAAACACUCAAAGGAAUAUCAGCAGCAAGGCAGUCUUCACCUACAACUCAACAGCAGUAUCAACGGAGCUCUUCUAAAACAACAUCUGCCAGUAAGCCUCUAGUUAACUCUACUAACCUGGUUGACAAAAGCAGAGAAGUAUCACCAAGACAAGUGGCUUCGCAGAAAGCUAAUGAUGUACGGGAGUCCAGGCAGGCCAUUGCAAUAAGCACUUUGGACAAAGCAGAGGUUCAACCUGAAGCGAAACAGAAGAAGUCAGAAGAGUCUGUUAGAAGACACGCUUCCAAAGGUGGAGACACAGAGAAAAAGGACUCUCCCAGGCCUUUGGUCAGACAGGGAAGCUUCACCAUAGAAAAACCAAGUAGUAAUGUACCUUUAGAGCUUAUACCUCGUAUUAGUAGGCAAUCUGGGUCACCAGGUGACGCAUCCACACGGAGUGGAGAGAGAAGUAAUUCUAAUGGAACUGACUCCACCAUUGACACUACUAUUUUGUUGAAAGAUACAGAAUCAGUGAUGGCUUUUCUUGAGGCAAAGCUGAAGGAUGAGAACAGGGUAGAUGGUGGAGAUGAAACCCCAAGCUACCACAGGGACGAUUCCAUUUCCCCUGAAUCAGAUGUUGACACUGCUAGUACUAUUAGCUUAGUUAGUGGAGAUGCAGAAAAGAAGUCUCUUCAAAAGCGAAGAACUCUCAGUAACCUUCACAAGGAGAAAAGCUUCACAAAAUCUCCCAAGGAUUCGUCUAAGACUACUGUAACCAAUGCUAGAGAUAAACUUGCCGACAGAAAAAUCAAAGGUCGUGCUUCUGACCUUAGCAUUAGAUCCGAACCUCGCAAACCUGUACAACCGACUGGCAGAGCAAGACAGGCCUCUUUUGACUUGACAGAUGAUGACCAAACAUCAAGCUUUCCUCAAUCGACUAUCUCUGAUUUUCUAUCUUCCGACCAAGAGGCAUAUUCCAGCCGAUCACAAGGGCGGACGUCGUUUACAUCCACAGAUGACCUGUUACAUUCCAAACUAGAGGGAAAUAAGUUAUCCAAAACAAAAACUACUGCUAUUGGCUCAGCUAGCAAAUCAACCACUUUACCCAAGCCUCGCCCAACCAGAGCAUCUAUUUUACGUCGGGCACGUCUUGGCGAUGUAUCAGAUAAUGAACUGGCAGAUGUGGAUAAAGUUUCAGUCGUGUCCGAAGUAUCGACAACCAGUUCAACUACAUCAAAGCCACCCUCUGGCAGGAAAACACCCUCUAGAUUAGAUCUCCUUGCACAACCGCGUCGCAACCGGCUGGGUUCUAUAUCAGCUCGCAGUGACUCUGAAGCAACAAUAACUCGGAGUAAUGUUAAUCGAAGUGGAGACUUCUCCAUUCGGAGUAACUUACGUGGCACAUCGGCAAUUGAUAGCAAAGUUUCUCCUAGACUUCGUGCUAACAGCAUUUCAAGAAUGCCUGAUUCUUCUAAAGCUAAAGCAUCAAUAGCUGGACACGGUUCUCCAUCAGUUGUUUUGCAAGGUCCACGAUGGAGACGCUUCCCUACAGAUUAUGCUUCAACUUCCGAAGAUGAAUUUGGGUCGAAUCGUAGUUCGCCUAAACAUAGCCGCUUACGAACCAGUACGGCACUGAGGAGCGCUAAACUACCAAACAGUAAUGUAACAUCAUCAACCAACAUGCUCCUGAAAAACAAAAUGAAGGAGCAAGAUGACUACAUAAGAGAUUGGACUGCUCACAGUGAGGAAAUUGCCAGGUAUCUUUCAAUAUCAAAGAUCAGUCAAGAUCUGGCCAAGGACCUGGCCAUCCUUGCACGUGAAAUCCAUGACGUGGCAGGUGAGAUAGAUUCUGUGAGUUCAUCGGGCACUGCCCCUAGUACCACAGUAAGCACUGCUGCCACCACCCCUGGUUCAACCAUUGACACAAGGGAAGAGGUAGGAGACCUUCAUGAAGGAAUGCCUAAGUUGGUUGAUCGAGUUUUUGAUGAAAGUUUGAAUUUUAGAAAAAUCCCUCCAGUGCCAUGUAUAAAACUACCAGCUGGAAAUGGCAGACCAAGUGACUCCAGAUCUCGGAUUUUAGAAGUUGCUGAUCAGGCUACAAAAAGAAAGACAUGGAGUAGGGAUGAGGCGGUUCUAGACAGUUUGAUGCUGACCUCUGUAUCCCAGCUGUCACAAAAAAUAAGGCACGCAAUGGAGAAAACUGCUCUGAAGAUCAGGAUUUUGUUCAAGAAUGAAGACAGAAACUGGGAAGAAAUUGAAAACAAAAUGCGAUCUGAGAGUGAAGUUCCUAUUUUGAAAACGUCAAAUAAGGAGAUUUCAUCAAUCCUGCAGGAGUUGAAAAAGGUAGAGAAACAGCUUCAAGCCAUCAGUGUGAUGAUUGAUCCAGAUGGCGCAUUGGAUUCAGCAUGUGGCCUGAAACUUUCAAGUCCCAGUUUGCCUGAACAAGCCAAGCACAAGACCAGUUCAACCAGAAGUCUUCAGAUCACAGCCUCUAACUCUGACUACAGCAACCAUUUUAGCCAAUAUGAACACAAUGGGGAGGACAAAGAUAAUUCUUUGCAUGAGUAACACUAUUUUUUGUAGUCUCUUUAAAGUGGCAUAGCAUGUAUCAACAGGCUCAGCAUUUUUCAUCUGGCCUGUGUUAUUGAGAACAGUUUGCUUGCCACUUAACUAGCCUUGAGGUAUUUUCCUGCUUUCUGUGGUGCUUUCCUCACCACGUUACUUUUGCUGCAGCUAUAAGCAUUGCAUCCAUCCAAUAAUGAAACAUUAGGGAGAAGAAAAGUCACAUUGUCAGAUGUGUGCAUUGAAAUGUGAACCACAUCGACAGCUGUCCUAGCCUUCAUGUGUCAUCUUCAAAACAAAAUGGAGAAGCAAAUUGGCAUUAUUAUUGAAACUGGAAUAGAAAUAUUGUGUUUUAAGCACUGUGUAAAAUGGACUAAUGUAUAGGCAACACAAGCUAAGAAUAUCAAAAACAAAAUCAUCGGUGCCAAACUGCUCAGUAUAUUGGUCAGUUGAACAACAUUCUGUUGAAUCAGAGAGCUGCUGUUUGUUAUUUAUCUGUGUUUAGUAUGUAAACCACAGACCCUACAUAGGAUAUUGCUUAACUGUACAAAGUAGAAAACAUAUUCAGCAAUUAUUGUAAUAUUGGAAAAAAAUCUCUGCUUUAUGCUAUGGUCAGAAGUAGGUUGAUGACAUGUAAUGCUAAAAAGUCCUGUUGAUUGCAACAUUUUUAGCAUUAUACAUGAUUGCACUAUUAGCAACAACAUGUGAGCUAAAGGAUGGGAGCAUUACAUUGACAAUUGAGUUUUGGUUUUCUUUACCUAUCAGAUUUAAACAAUCAUAAACCAGCAAAAAUUGGUAUAAUAAUUGUAUUAACUUUGUAGAAUUUGGCUACAGGGUUACGCACAGGAUUAGCCAGUUCUUCAGAAGAAUAAUUGAGAUGUUUUCCAUUGUUCUGCAUUGAUCAACCUGUUGGAGGGCCACUUUCAAAUCAAUGUCCUAUAAGUGAUUCACUCCUAGCAAAAUCUCAGUCACCCAACUUUAGUUGUACAGCAUCAGUGCAUAUGAAGUAUUAAAACAAACUGUUAAUGGAUUAAGUGGGCACUGUGAGGCAGCACAUACUUUCACUUCUCUGGCAUAGCUUUGCAUCUAAUGUAACCUGAUGGAGGAAAGUCUUCACUUGUGAACUUGCCUCAAAAAUGUCAAAUUUGUUUAGGGCAUUCUCAAUGCAGCUUUUUUUGGUCAUAAGUCAAGAUGAUAAAAUUGCCCAUAAUGGGCAGUCCAUUCAAGCAUAGAGGGAAUAAUAUCAUACUGGGAUUCUGAUUACACUACUCAGCAGUGUACUUUAGAGAUAAGUUUACUCCAUAUCCAGCUGUGUUUUGAUGCUGAGUUGGUGGCAAAAGUGCCCAAUUCUACAUCAGUGAUGUCCCUUACCUUAAUUAUUAUUAUUGAAGGGAAUAGAAAAUCUCCCUCCUAGCUUCACACUCAUCCAAAAAAGCAGUGGGAAGAACCUCAUCCUGCUCCCCCAAGUAAAAUUAGCUUUGUCAAUAUCAAUCCAUUUCCUAAUCACAAAAUCACAGUGCAGAACAGUUUGUGACUCACUUUUACUUUGUAGUGUCACUCAGAAGCUGCAUAAAUAACUCCAGUGAAAAUGAAGCCUGAAUUAUGCAAAUAGGAUGUGUAAUUCUGAGGCUGGGUUUAGGAUAUGUAGUUGGAAGAUGUUAGAGAUCCAAACAAUGUCUUUCCUGAGAGCUUUUGAUGUCAAAACUGGGUAGCAAAGGUAAGCUGUAUUCUCCAUAACUGGUGUUAUCUGUGUUGAUCAAAACAAAUUAAAGUUCCAUAUUUGUCAUUAAAGAAAACAAUAAUUUUAACCCAUUUAAAGUUUAAUAAUUUAUAUCUGUUUAGUAAUGCCUUGACUAGUUUAAAUUAAUCUUUGUAUUUUGGUGGAACCAAUUCCUUUACUCCAACCAGUUCCUUGCUCCCUCCCUGAAUCAUGCACUCUGUGUUCAGAAAGACACGUUAUAUACUUCAGGCUUUUCAUUAAUGUUGCUGUGACUUUGCUGCUAUGAGCAUAGCCUAGUCUCCUAUUUACUUUUUUUGGUCCGUCUAACAAUCUAAUUGCAAUUGAACUUGGCAGUGGCAGAAACUCAGAUCUGUAUCACGCCUUUCUGAGCCAUACAUUCUUGGCACUGAGUGCACUGCAACCAUAGAAUGCCCAGCAAACUUGCUUUUAAAUUGUAGUAUACUAAAUGAAACUGACAGACUGAAUGCUGUAUAAAUCAAUGUUGAUGCUGGGUCUUGUUUUGAGUAGUGGUGAUAAUUCAGUUAGUACUGCCUGGCUUUGUUACUGAAGGGUCUAAAAGUUGAUUGCUUUUUCUACAAAU